AUGACACGCCGACUUACCAUCAGCGGCAGUCGCUCCGAAAUGGGCUUGCUUCAAGAUCCUCCUGAACCAGAAACUCCCCCUCCGAGCUGGAGUCCAAGUUGGACACCGGCCAAACCCGAAUUUUGGAAGAAACCUUCAAAAUGGCAGAUAUGCAUGCCGCGUCUGCGUCUCAUUGUCAAAGUACUUGCGAGUAUUCUUGGCUUUGCCUUGCUCAUCAAAGUGAUGAGCCAACCUCCGCCACCACCACCUCCACCUUCUCCGCCCCCGGAGCCUCCGAGGCAACUCAGUGACAUGGAGAUGAUGGACAAAUUGAUGGAGCAAUCCAAGAAAGAAGACUGGUUAUGGAAAGACUUUCCCACGCACGCUGGAUUGACGCGCGGCACCUCACACCUCCGCUCCUGCGAGACUGGCGAGCUCGACUGUAAAAACAAGUCACCACACUUCAUUCGUUAUGACGGCUACAAGAAUUUCAUCGAGCCUGUUUCGAACAUUGUUCAUUGCGUUGGUCCACGAGGCCUGCCCAUCAACGAAAGCGAAGACGAUGCAGUCUGGGCAUACCCUGGAAAAGCAAACGGCGCCGUGGACCCUGUCCUUGGCUCUUACAAAGCCUCGGGCUUGGAUGGGGAAGUGUCCUUUGACCGUAUUGGCCGCUUCUCGGCCUACGGACUAGACCAAUUCGACGCUAUGGAUCUAGAGGACAUGCAGAAGGAAAAAACCACCAAUUUGGACUGGGACAAGGUCGAUUGGGGAGAGCUGCAAGAGAAAUGCGUUGCUGCUAACAAACAACGAUUCAAGCCUCUCAAGGAGCGCCCACAGAACUCCAUCCAGUACUCCAACAUCAAACACAAGCAUGAUCAAGCGAAGGCCAAACCCCUUUCCGCAACCUUGGAACCUGGAAUGGUCAACAAGGCCAAGCGUACUGCCAUCCUGAUUCGUGUCUGGACUGGUGCGAAAUGGACCGCCGAUGUUGUCAUGAACAUUCGAGCAAUGAUUGCCGAGGCCUCACUAGCAAGCGGAGGCAAGUACCAGGUAUUCAUCCUGCUUCACGUCAAAGACGAGGGCGUCCCCAUUUUCGUCGGUGAAGACGAGCCAGAAGCCACCAUUGCGAAACACAUUCCCCCAGAGUUCCGGUCCUUGACAGAGGUCUGGAAUCACGCUCAAAUUCGCGGUCUGUACUCGAAUAUGGCCGAACAUGCUUUUGUUGGCCGAAGUCCAUGGAUGAUUAUCCAAUGGUUUGCUCGCAAUCAUCCCGAGUUCGACUUCUUUUAUCAGCACGAGUUUGACGUACGCUAUACCGGACAUUACCUGGAUCUCUUCGAGUCGAUCGAGAGAUUUGGACGAGAUCAACCACGGAAGGGUAUCUGGGAACGUUCAGGAAGACUCUACAUACCUGCUGUUCACGGUGACUUCAAUACCAAUUUCCGAGAAUCUACCCGAAACGAGGAUCCUCAUCAUAUCUGGGGUCCUGUUUCUGUCGAAGGUGUCCGACCCCGAGGACCAAGACCACCUACUAAAGAAGCCGAAGACAACUACGAAUGGGGAGUAGGAGAAGAUGCUGACUGGAUUGGAUUCCUACCCAGUUUUAAUGUAACGAAUACCAAUUGGUGGUUCCGAAACUAUCUGUGGGGUUAUGCUCAAGGUCAAUCAACGCCGCGAAGAGCCACGUUGAUUGCUGAAGGCAGAGUCAGCCGGCGUGCACUGGACAUCAUGAACUAUGAAAACGCCGAAAACAUGCACCACGUUGAUGCGGAGAUGUUUCCCCAGACGAUGUGUCUCCAUCACGGUCUCAAGUCUACGACAUUCCCUCAUCCAAUCUUUGCCGAUCGCCACUGGCCGGCUGAGGCUCUACAGGAAACCUUCAAUGGCGGACCCUUCGGACAAUCCGGUGGUUAUUGGAACAGCUCGUUCAGCAAAUGGAACGAAUACGCCUGGACCAACAUGACAUGGUACUACAGCUCGGCACAAGCCAUGCCCGUCUUCCAACGAUUCCUGGGUGUGACCGCUCUCGAGAGUGGGGGCCAGGAAUGGGAGGAUGUGUAUGGUCGAACAGUCGUUCGUCCCAUGUUGCUUCAUCCGGUCAAAGGUGCCAAAUCAUGGCAAUGGACCGAAGACGGCUGGCUUGAAACGAAGAAUGGAAAAUGA